AUGGAUCAACGACACAAAUGGAUGGUCACCGCGAGAUUCGAGAAGCGUGCCCUUCUCAUCGCAGUCAACUGUCUCGCGGGAACGUCAAUCUUCUUCUUCGGUUAUGACCAAGGAAUGAUGGGCGGCGUUAACAACGCAAAGCACUACAUCGACCUCAUGCGAUUCGGCUACGUCGACGAUGACGGUGUUCCCGUAGUCACCGAUACUCUUCUCCAGGGCGGCAUCAUGUCAGUCUUUUACCUAGGCACACUCGUCGGCUGUAUGGUAGGAGGUUCCAUCGGCGACCGCUUUGGAAGAAUCAAGACCAUCGCCAUCGGUGCGCUGUGGGGCAUCUUCGGCGCUUCACUCCAGUGCUCGUCCAUGAACGCGAACUGGAUGAUCGGCUCCCGGCUCGUCAAUGGCAUAGGCACUGGCAUCCUGAACGGCAUCGUGCCGGUGUGGGCAUCCGAGCUGGCGGACUACACCUCCAGAGGUUCCUUCAUCGCCAUGGAGUUCACCCUCAACAUCUUUGGUGUGGUGGUUGCGUACUGGUUGGGAUACGGCGUCAGCUUCGUCGAUAAUGGAGAGUCUGCCUUUCGAUGGCGUUUUCCCAUCGCCUUCCAGAUCAUUCCAUUGCUGUUCCUGCUCUUUGGAUGUUUCCUCUUCCCGGAAUCUCCUCGUUGGCUCUGCAAGGUCGACAGACACGACGAGGCGCUCUACAUCCUGCAAAGACUGCGAGGUACCGGUAAUGGUAUUGCUGAAGCCGAGCUGUCCGACAUCCAAGACGUUCUUCGCCUCGAAGAUUCGUCCGAAGGAACGGGCUACCACCAAAUGCUUUUCGGUCUCAAAUCAGGGAAGCUUCACACCGGGCGAAGAGUUCAGCUGGUAAUUUGGCUUCAGAUUAUUCAGUGCUGGACUGGUAUUGCGGGGAUUACCAUGUACGGCCCUACCAUCUUCCAUAUCGCCGGUUUCGGUCCGCAAAAGGCCCUCUGGGUUUCAGGCCUGAACAACAUUUUCUACAUGUUCGCCACGCUCAUCUGCGUCUUCACCAUCGACAAAAUUGGUCGCCGCUGGACACUAUACUGGGGCUCAACUGCGCAGGCAGUAUCCAUGUUCCUCGUGGGUGGUCUUUCUCGCGGUAGCCUCAACGCUAGAGCCAGCGGAAACUUGGAUGCUGCAAGCAGCUGGGGAGCAGCAGCAGCAUCAAUGGUCUUCCUCUAUACAAGCAUAUUCGGAGCGACAUGGCUAACGGUGCCCUGGCUGUACCCAAGUGAGGUCUUUCCGCUGCAGGUUCGUGCGAAGGGCAAUGCCUGGGGUGUUGUUGGUUGGAGCAUCGGAAAUGGAACCCUCACGCUGGUCCUUCCGUACAUCGUCGGUGCAAUCAACGAGAACGCCAUGUACAUCUUUGCGGCUGUCAAUGUGAUCAGCAUUCCAAUCGUCUGGGCCCUGUACCCUGAGUCAAACCAACGGACCCUCGAAGAGAUGGACUUCUUAUUUGCGGCGGAUACACCUUGGACUUGGGAUGCGGAGAAGAAGUUCAAGGAGCUCAAAGAGGAACACAGAGUGGCGGGUGCUGUACGUGCGGCUGCGGAUGGCGAUGUUGAGUCUAAGCUGGAUGACUCCUGCGCUCAUGUGGAGAAGCGUUCUGGAUAG